UGUCAAGUUAAAGAAAACGCUGAACAUGUAAUAUUGCAUUGUAACAUGUAUGAAGUGGAAAGAGAAAGGUUACCGGAUAAAGCCCGAGAGGCGAGACGGCAGCGGAAUCUGACGGGGCUACUGGGAAGAGAAGGAGAGGGGCUCAAAAUCCACAGGGAGGCACUCUUUACUUUCUUAAGUGACAAGGUUGAUGGGCAGAAUUUAAGAAAUGGGGUAAAAUGACCAUGACAUUACACACUCUUGUACAGUAGGUAGCGGUAUGCACCUUGAAGUUGUUUGCGAUCCGCCAGUAAACCGAGAGAGGAAGACGAAGAAGAACAAGCAGCAGCAGAAGAAGAAGAACGACGAAGAAGAAGCGGCAGCAAACAGCAUGGCUGCUAUUGGCGUGCACCUUGGUUACACAUGUGCCUGUGUGGCGAUAUUUAAGGAUGGGCGAGCCGAUGUAGUUGCUAAUGAUGCGGGUGACAGAAUCACGCCAGCUGUGGUGGCCUUCAGGGACACUGAGCAGAUUGUAGGUAUUGCAGCAAAGCAGGGCCGGAUCUGUCGUGCUGCCAACACUGUUGUCAAAGUAAAACAGGUGCUGGGGAGAAGUUUUGAGGAGCAAGAGGCACAGAUGCACAAAGCUGAGAGUAAAAGUCCCGUGGGUGUCCUGGCCAAAGUGGUAAACAGAGGAGACAGGCCUCACUAUGAGAUCACAGCAGGGGAACAAACCCGGUACGUUCUCCCGGAGGAGAUCGCAAGUCUCAUCUUCCACAAAAUGAAAGAGACGGCGCAGUCGGCCCUGGGCUCCGAUGUGACGGACACCGUCAUCACAGUUCCCUUUGAGUUCACACACACGCAGAAGAAAAGUCUGCGGGAGGCAGCCGAGGCUGCAGGUUUCCACGUGUUGAGGCUGAUUAAUGAGCCUUCAGCAGCUCUGUUGGCUUAUAACAUUGGACAGGAUUGCUCCUCAGGAAAGAGCCACGUCCUGGUUUACAAGUUGGGUGGGACAUCUCUGAGUGUCACAGCUCUGCAGGUGAAUGGUGGAAUGUUCCGGGUCCUGAACACAUUCACCGACCACAGCACUGGUGGAGAGAGCUUCACACAGGCCCUUGCACAGUAUUUUGUGGCAGAGUUUAAACGGUCAUAUAAGCAGGAUGUGAGCGGUAACACACGAGCGAUGAUGAAGCUGAUAAAUGGAGCAGACAUCGCCAAACACUCUCUGUCUACACUGGGCUCUGCCAACUGUUUUGUGGACUCUUUGUAUGAUGGCAUUGAUUUUGACUGCAAUGUCUCAAGAGCUCGUUUUGAGCUUCUAUGCUCCUCUCUCUUCAACAAGAGCAUCCAGCCAAUCAAAAUUCUUUUGGGGCAGGCUGGACUUUGCACCAAGGACAUAAAUAAGGUGAUCCUCUGUGGUGGCUCGGCCAGGAUUCCCCGUCUCCAGCACAUGAUUCGAGAGCUCUUUCCUGAUGUAGAGCUGCUGAGCUCCACCCCUCCAGAUGAGGUCAUCGCUGUGGGUGCAGCUGUGGAAGCAGGCUUGCUGGUGGGCAGAGAUAGCUUCUCCCCCGAGGAAGAGUCACUCACAGUUGACGCUUGUGCCUCAGACAUACUAGUAAAGGAAGUGGAUGAACAUGGAGUGGAGGUGUUUAAUGUGCUCCUCCCAUCUGGCACUCCCCUUCCUGCACGCCGUCAUCACACCCUGAAUGGACAGGGCCAAUUGUCCUCGCUUUGUUUGGAACUGUACCAGAGAACUGCAGAUCAGCCAGAGAAACUAGCCAAGAUUGUGCUUAGAGACCUGGAACCCAAAGAGGACGUGUAUGGCAUUAAUGCAGUGGUGACUAUGAAGAGGGAUGGCUCGCUGCAUGUUUCCUGUGAAGAUCAGAGUACUGGCAAGCAAGAGGCCAUCACCAUAGCUGCUGCAUUCUGAAACCACCACAUUGCUAGCUAGUUUAUGAAAUGUAUCUUUGCUUAAUAAACGUAUUUGUUUAAUAAAUGCUUUCAAAUUAAAUUGCAAUU